AUGACAGAGGAAGAAAUCGAUCGUUAUAUUACAGAGCACCUCUGGCUCAUUCGCAGGACGGGUAUCGCUAAUGCUCGCCGUAGGCAGCAAAUUGUUUACUGGAAUAUCCAUGCCACAAAGCUGAGCCAAGCGCGUACCCAGAAUGGACCGCCCAUACAGAUUCACGAAAAGUCCAACGAAAAGAGUCGUGGUAUCAGGCUUCUGAAUCCUCUCCAGCUACAUAUUUUCCAUGACUUGCAACCGUACCACUGUACCUACAAGGAUUGCCAUGAUCCCCACAGACUCUACGGGACACGUCAAGACUGGGUCAACCAUGAAAGCCAACAUUCUCAAGUAUGGCAUUGCCGAGAUCAUAACGAAAAGUUUGAAACAGAAUCCGGAUAUAUAGACCACCUGAGGGCACUGCAUCCUGAAGUUGAUAUGAAGGGUUCCCUCUUAGAACUUAUAUCCAUCGCUAUCGAGCCCUCUCUUAGAUCAAGUCGUGACUGUCCCUUCUGUCUCAAAGAUUUUCCCGAGAUUACGGACAAAUUAGAGGGAUCGGAUUACUUGUCGGAUAGCCAAAAGGUCCAGCACCACGGACGCCGAGAUUCUAUCGCUAAGGACUUCGAGGAUGAAGAAGAACCGUUUACGACUGCCACAAUCACCCCCCAAGUUAAUGAGCAGAACCGCAAACAAGAUGUGAUAGAAAACAGCUCGAACCAUGUAUCUUCUACGGAAAAUAACAACAGUCUAGAAUCAUGGUUCAGUGGGCUCAAGAAACUUCUGGAUGAUACUCCCAGUGAAGGGACACUAUCCGCAGAAGACCCUACAAAACGCACAGCUCCCGGAGAGACUACAGCAAACUAUCAAUUAGAAACAUUUUCGAGAGACGAUCAAGAAAAGGCUCAGCAUAUCCAUGAUCAAAGCAAAGAGCAUAUCCUACCCCAGAUAUACCAGCCAAUAACCCAUAACAUUACCAAAAUCCACGAAACCAUUGAGGAGGAGCUUGACCUCUCUCAAGUCUCCAGUGCUAUGGAUCACGGUAAAAGAUACAUCCCGAGGGACAAGCUUCAGGGCAUUCUUACUGUCAAGAGGAUUCGAGCCAUUGUAACCCUACCCUUCUUCCAAGACUUCCCGAACAAGGACGACUUAACUAGACGCAUAUAUUAUGGAUCAACGGAUUCAAACCCUCUUUCAAAGUUAUUGGCCGUCUUCGUCGGGAUCGGGAAACUAGAAGACUUCCCGAAAUGUAUCGAAGAGGGAAUAGAUGAUGGUUGUCUUCCAAUGACAGCAGACAACCUUAGCGAUGGUAAAAUGUCUCUCUACUGCGAAGCACACAAGACGCACCAUGCGACUAUCAAUAAAUUUCGUCGACCUAACCACAGAUUACAAUUUACGCAGUGGUCAUACAGGGUAAUCGCACCGUGUAUCACGUCUACGAAACAGGAACAUUCUCACUGCUAUCUACACGCCAGUGACAUUUUCCCCAUGCCCUCUGGGAAAAAACUACAGAAGCAAGACACGAUGAAGCAACAUAUGACGAAGCAAGACAACAAACCGCAAAUGACGGAGGUGGCGUUUGCAUAUGGCGGGUUUAGUGAAGUGUAUCAAGUCAAGAUUGGUAAGAGUCAUCAAUAUUUUGAAGAUAUAGGGAUACGCCAUCCCGAGAAAAUGUUUGCUUUGAAGAAGCUCAUCUCUCAUGAUCGGAACAACUUCAACUUGGAACUCUCAUCCCUGUUAUUCUGUAUGGAUGAAUCCAUUAAGAAGAAAGCCGAUAAGCACGUCAUCCAGCCUCUUGCGACCUUUGAAGUUGAAGAGCCCGCAGUUGAUGGUUCGACUUAUUAUAUUCUCUUCGACUGGGCUGAGGGUAAUCUUAAUGAUUUCUGGAAGAAGAACGAUCAUCUUGUCGGGGUCAGGGAUCAUUGUAGAUGGAUGUCUCGUGAAUUCUAUUCACUCUGUUUGGCGCUCGAGUGUGUUCAUAAUGAACGCAAAGAGACAUUGAAGUUCAUCGACAAAACCGCGCUUGAAAAAACCCUAUCAGGAAGACCUCACGAUGCCAACAACUUAUAUGGGCGCCACGGAGAUAUUAAGCCGGAUAACGUCCUUUGGUUCGAUCCCCCCCAGCGACCACCACCUCAACAAAGGCAUUCAUCAUCGAAACAAGGACCUUCGUUACCAGGAAAUCUUGAUAGACUAGUUCUAUCUGAUUUUGGGCUUGGCAGACUACAUACUCAAGUCUCUCGAUCGAAUCGAGAUCCAAGGAACAUCGCCAGGAUAGAGACAUAUAGGGCGCCAGAGUUUGACCUAAACGAUGGUAAAAUCUCUCGCGCAUCCGAUAUUUUUAGCCUUGGGUGCGUAUUUCUCGAAUAUGUUACCUGGUUUUUAUUAGGAAACGAAAUCGUGACAGAAAAGUUCCCUACCCAUAGACUCGAGUCAGAUAUCUACACAUUUGAGUCAGAUACUUUCUUCAACAUUCGUUUGGAUGCGCAAAGCGGCAAACAGCGACCCUUUCUAAAAGAAAGUGUCAAAUUUUGGAUCGAACAGCUCCAGAAGCACGAAGAUUGCAGUUGGUACUUACACCAACCCCUUGAUAUCAUAAGGGAUAAGAUGCUCGCACCAGACCGUGAGAAGCGAAUCCAUAUUAUGGAACUUAUUAAGGAUAUGGAUGUACUUCGUCAAACAUGUGAAAGGAAUGUCAGCUUCUAUUUGAAGACCAAAAGUGAAUCUUAGGUUUAUCAAUACUGUACAAGGUAAUAUUCAGCAUCAAAUACCAC